AAGAAAUUGUGGUAGCAUUUUUUCAAUUCAACUGAGUCAUCAUUUUGUUCUGUUCAAUUUCAGACAACAACAAAUGUUUGUAUAGAUUAAGGAUUUUUUCUUAACUGUUUUUCUCAGCUGACUUUUCAACUUCUCUCUAUCUCUGAAAUUUUCCAACCCUUCAGAAUUUGUCAACUUCCUAAUCAUUUUCAUCUUCUUCCUUAAAAACAUGCCUUACCCUUUUAAGUAGUUGACCUUGGUCUUUGAUCAUAAAUUCUUGUAAGAAAAAAAAGUUUGAUUUUUUGGUUUGAUUUUGGUGCAAGCAAAGCAUAAGAAUGAGUAGAAAGAAAAGGGUAUUUUUUUCCUUUGAAAAUAUUGAAGAGGUUGCUGUGGAUUUCUUCAACUAUCUUUUGCAGGAGAAGCCAAAGAUUUCAUUUUUCAUUCCAUUUAUUUUGAUUGCUUUGGUUAUUGAGAAAUGGGUCUUCUCUUUCUCUACUUGGGUUCCUAUUGCACUUGCUGUUUGGGCAACUAUACAGUAUGGGCGAUACCAACGCAAACUACUUGUGGAGGAUUUGGAUAAGAAAUGGAAGCGAAUAAUAUUGAAUAACUCGCCCAUUACACCACUGGAGCAUUGUGAAUGGCUGAAUAAAUUGUUGACAGAAAUCUGGCCUAACUAUUUCAACCCCAAGCUUUCAUCAAGGUUAAAAGCUAUAGUCGAGGCACGUUUAAAGCUCCGGAAACCAAGACUUCUUGAAAGAGUUGAACUGCAGGAGUUUUCACUAGGAUCGGGCCCUCCUAGCUUGGCCUUGCAAGGGAUGCGGUGGUCAACUAUCGGCGAUCAGCGAGUCAUGCAACUUGGUUUUGAUUGGGACACCAAUGAAAUGAGUAUUUUGAUGCUUGCUAAGCUUGCGAAACCAUUGAUGGGAACUGCACGAAUCGUCAUUAACAGUCUUCAUAUCAAGGGUGAUCUUAUCUUAACGCCGAUUCUAGAUGGAAAAGCACUUUUGUAUUCAUUUGUAUCGGCUCCUGAGGUGAGAGUAGGAGUUGCCUUUGGAAGUGGUGGAAGUCAGUCACUUCCAGCUACCGAGUGGCCUGGUGUUUCUUCUUGGCUGGAAAAACUUUUUACUGACACUUUGGUUAAAACCAUGGUGGAACCUCGACGACGCUGUUUUACGUUACCUGCGGUUGAUUUAAGAAAAAAGGCUGUGGGUAGCAUCAUAUAUGUUAGAGUGAUUUCAGCAAAUAAACUUUCUAGGAGUUCCUUCAAGGCAUCUAGGAGGCAACAAAAUGGAUCAAGCAAUGGUUCUUCGUCGGAAGACGUUUUUGACGACAAGGACCUACAUACAUUUGUUGAGGUAGAAAUCGAGGAAUUAACAAGGAGAACGGACGUCAGACUGGGUUCAACGCCUAGAUGGGAUGCAUCAUUUAAUAUGGUUAUGCAUGAUAAUGCAGGAACUAUGCGUUUCAAUCUUUACGAGUGUAUUCCGAACAAUGUGAAGUGUGACUUUCUGGGAAGUUGUGAAAUAAAGCUGCGGCAUGUUGAAGAUGAUUCGACAAUAAUGUGGGCGGUAGGACCAGAUUCCGGGGUUAUAGCAAAGCAAGCACAAUUUUGUGGAGAUGAAGUUGAAAUGGUUGUCCCAUUUGAGGGUGCCAACUUUGGAGAGUUGAAGGUGAGCAUCGUAGUAAAAGAGUGGCAAUUUUCCGAUGGAACGCAUAGCUUGAACAAUCUCCGUAACAACUCUCGGACGUCACUAAAUGGAUCAUCAAAUCUUCAGUUAAAAACUGGAAAGAAACUUAACAUAACCGUUGUUGAAGGAAGGGAUCUUGCUGCUGCAAAAGAAAAGUCCGGAAAAUUUGAUCCAUACAUUAAAGUGCAAUACGGAAAGGUCAUCCAGAAAACCAAGACUUCUCAUACUCCAAAUCCCGUGUGGAAUCAGACGAUUGAAUUUGAUGAAAUUACUGGCGGUGAAUACUUAAAACUAAAGGUAUUUACCGAGGAGCUUUUCGGAGACGAAAACAUUGGUAGUGCACAAGUAAACUUGGAAGGACUGGUUGAUGGAUCAGUCAGGGAUGUAUGGAUCCCUCUUGAACGAGUGCGUUCGGGAGAAAUCAGACUUAAAAUAGAAGCCGUAAAGUCGGAUGACCAAGAAGGAUCAACGGGUUCAGGCUCAGGAAGUGGUUGGAUAGAACUUGUUUUGAUUGAAGGGAGAGAUCUUGUUGCCGCCGAUCUUAGAGGCACGAGUGAUCCGUAUGUUAGGGUACACUAUGGAAAUUUCAAGAAAAGGACAAAGGUUAUAUACAAAACUCUAACCCCUCAAUGGAACCAGACCCUGGAGUUCCCUGAUGAUGGAAGUCCUUUAAUACUUUAUGUGAAAGACUAUAAUGCAUUACUACCUACAUCAAGUAUCGGCGAAUGUGUCGUAGAAUAUCAAAGGUUACCUCCAAACCAGAUGGCUGAUAAGUGGAUACCUCUUCAAGGAGUGAAAAGGGGUGAAAUUCACAUUCAAAUUACUAGAAAAGUUCCAGAUAUGCACAAGAGGCAAAACAUAGACUCUGAACCUUCUUUGAGUAAAUUGCACCAAAUUCCAACCCAGAUAAAACAAAUGAUGAUCAAGUUCAGGUCAUUAAUAGAAGAUGGAAAUCUCGAAGGACUCGCCACAACAUUGAGUGAGCUCGAAACUCUGGAAGACACACAGGAAGGAUAUGUAGCUCAGCUAGAGACAGAGCAAAUGCUUCUUCUCAGCAAAAUAAAGGAGCUUGGUCAAGAGAUUAUCAAUUCUUCCCCUACCCUAAGCAGAAGAUUUUCUGAAAGUGUCAAUUAACCGACUCUUUUAUGUUUUUACUAUUCGAGUUUAAUAACAAUGCAUCGACACCGUAAACGGGUUUACACAGACACCAAAUACGAUUACACUGCGACAAAAUGGUAAAGUAUAACCGAUGUCUAUAUAAUGCCAGUUUACAGUGUCAGUGCAAAACUAUUAAACUCUUAAUCAUCGUCACGCAAGUAUAUUUUGUACAUGUUUCUUAUACUAGUUUGUCUUCUUAUACCACAACAUGUAGCUUGUACAUUGUUAUUAUUUCUUCAUUUUUUUUUUGUUGCUCUAGUUAAGUUCCUAUCCAAGUAGAUGGUGUAUUUACACUUGCACAGGAAAUUAUGCUUUAUGGUUCAAUGUUUCUAAGAACUUCAAUUGUAAUAUAAAAUGUAAGGAUUGAUGCUAUUAUAGUUGAAAUGAAUGAUGUAGUGUUUGAUUUAGUAACAAGACUUAACUAUCACAU